GUAAUGAUCAUCAUAUUCAAAACAAACGGAUUGCCGAUGACUGAAGUGUUCUGUAAUUUACAAUGCUCUCGCGACUAGCUUUGCGACCUUCAUUAUUGCUUUCACCAAGUAUCCGUCAGCUAUCACAAUCAGUUCUGAGAUCAGCACGAUUUGGAGAAGGUGGCGGUAGUAGCGGUUUUGGCAGAGUUACACAGCAAACCGGAAUUGGAAUCCGAGCAGGCAAAACUCUCAAGGAACGUCUUCUAGGUCCUACAACUGGAGCGCCCUAUAUCUAUGGAACGUAUGCUCUUGCUGGAGCCUCACUGUUCGGUAUCGGUGCAUUGAUGUAUUAUGGUCUCAUAUCGAAAGAACAAUCUAUACUUCAGUCGAGCGCUCUUUGGCCAUCAUAUGUCCGUCAACGACUUCACUCUACCUAUGCGUAUCUUGCUGGAAGUUUGGCAGUUACGGCAGCUAGUGCAGUUGCUGCAUCUCGUAGUGUGGCUAUCAUGCGUCUAACACAAGCUGGAGGAAUUUGGGGUCUUUUCGCUACUCUCGGAGUCAUCAUUGGUACCGGCAUGCUAUGUGGUGCUAUCGAUUAUGAUAACACUCUCAUGAAACAUGCCGCUUGGAUGCUCCAUUGUGGAGCUAUGGGAGCUGUGCUAGCUCCGAUGGUUUACCUAGGUGGUCCUGUUAUGAUCCGCGCUGCAUGGUACACUGCCGGUAUCGUUGCUGGCCUCUCAGCAACAGCCAUCACAGCCCCAUCUGAAAAGUUCCUCAUGAUGGGUGCACCGCUCGCUAUGGGUCUGGGUGUUGUUUUCGCCGCCAACAUCGGCACUUUCUUUUUCCAUCCUGGAACUGCCCUUGGAGCUAGUCUUAUGUCGAUCAUGAUGUACGGAGGCUUGAUUCUCUUCUCUGCAUUCUUGCUUUAUGAUACACAGCGUGUAAUAAAACUUGCACAAAUCUAUCCUCAACGUCAUGAGACCAUGAUGUACGGAGUGCCUGAAAUUCGAAGCUGGGAUCCUAUUAACGCGCAACUUUCAAUCUACAUGGACGUUUUGAACAUCUUCAUCAGGAUGGCCAUGAUAAUGGGUGGAAUGAGUGGCAAUAGGAGGAGGUGAUUUGCAAAAUUGAAGGAGAUUUAAUCAUUGGUUUACUGAUUAGCUAUUAGCUGCAUGUAGUAGUUGUAUUUGGCUUCGUCUGGUGAUUGAAUGUACAAAGUUGAAUAAAGAAGUCUUUUUAGCUUGAAAUGGAUAAAAACUCAAAAAAUAAAAUUUGGAGAAGGU